GAGGGGCGGCGCCGGGCGCGGGGGCCGGGGCCGGGGGGUGCUGAGGGCAUGAGGCGCUGACGGCGGCGCCCUGGGCCGGGCCCGCGCCCCCGCGGCGGCCGCGGGCCGGGCCGGACCCCGGGAAGAUGCUGUUCUCCCUGCGUGAGCUGGUGCAGUGGCUGGGCUUCGCCACCUUCGAGAUCUUCCUGCACGUCCUGGCUCUGCUGGUCUUCUCCGUGCUCCUCGUCCUGAAGGUGGACAGCGAGGCCUCGACGCUCUCCUGGUGGGCCGUGUUCACGCCCUUCUUCGCCGCCGAUGGCCUCAGCACUUACUUCACCACCAUCGUCUCCGUGCGGCUCUUCCAGGACGGGGAGAAGCGCCUGGCUGUGCUGCGGCUCUUCUGGAUCCUCACCAUCCUGAGCCUGAAGUUUGUUUUUGAGAUGCUCCUCUGUCAGAAGCUGGUGGAGCACACGCGGGAGCUCUGGUAUGGACUUAUCAUGUCGCCUGUCUUCAUCCUCCUCCAGCUGCUCAUGAUCCGAGCCUGCCGGGUGAACUGAUACCAAGGGAAAGGCUCCCAAUGACUGCCUGUUACCCUGGACAGAGCUGCGCCUGAGCCACCAGGGAGCCCUGAGCUCUAACACAGCCAGCCACGCUGGGCUUUUGCCCUCUUUUUGUUUUUGUACAGAGUGAUAGGCGUUGCUAGGUUAUGCAGGUCUGGUGUUACGAGAGCAAUGGUGUGUAAUCAACCAGGUUAUUACGUUAUAUAAUUAGCAUUUCUUCAAAAUACCUUUUUAUACAGUGUCAUUGAUUUCAGGUUCACUCAGCUCUUGAUGUAAAUGUUGAUAUAUCCUGACGUGCAAGCACUGUUUGACAUGCCAGUUAAUUUAAAAUAAAAAGGUACGGAUAGUGUA